CCAGUUAAGAUUGGUUGGUGGUAACAGGCGCUGUUCUGGACGAGUUGAGGUUCUCCGCAGCGGUACUUGGGGAACCGUAUGUGACGACAACUGGGACUUAAACGAUGCCAAGGUGGUGUGCAGGGAGGUGGGCUGCGGACGCGCCAUCCGGGCUACCACCAAUGCCGAGUUUGGGCAGGGGAGUGGCCAGAUCUGGAUGGAUGGUGUCCAGUGCACCGGACAGGAGACGUUGCUGUCGAGCUGCUCUCAUAACGGUUGGGGGGCUCAUGAUUGUUCACAUCCGGAAGACGCUGGAGUGGUGUGUGAAGACCAACGGCACGCACAACAUUUACUCCAACAUCUUAUUUCUGUAUUUCGUCUCGGAUGGAAGCGCCCACUACUACAAGCCAAUGAGCUUCCCUUUCUCCUGUGUCUACCCGCUUCAGAGGAGGACCAACUUGAAUGUUGUUCUCAGACCUUUUCUGAGACUCAAGGGAGCUGUGGAGGAGGGCUCCCCCAUCCAGACCUCCAUGUCCCUGUACCGUGACCCAGACUACAGAGAUCCAUACCCGGCCGGUAGCGUCCGUCUGCCCCUGGGCACUGCUCUCUACAUGGGCGUCUCAGUGGAGGCCCACUCGGAGGACACAGUGGUGGUGCUGGAGGAAUGCUCCAUUGGAGAAGUAUCUUCCCCCAGCCAGUCGUAUCCUCUGCUGAGGAACAGAUUUAAGAUAUUAUAA